UUUUUUUGUCUUUUCUGGCAAAACUGAAAAAUGUCGGAGACCGCUCCAGUGGCUCCUGCUACUCCCGCCCCUGCGGAGAAAACACCUGUUAAGAAGAAGGCGAAGAAAGCCGGCGCGUCGGCCGCCAAGCGCAAGGCGUCGGGGCCGCCGGUGUCCGAGCUCAUCACCAAGGCCGUGGCCGCGUCCAAGGAGCGCAGCGGCGUGUCGCUGGCCGCGCUCAAGAAGGCGCUGGCGGCCGCGGGCUACGACGUGGAGAAGAACAACAGCCGCAUCAAGCUGGGCCUCAGGAGCCUGGUGAGCAAGGGCACCCUGGUGCAGACCAAGGGCACCGGCGCCUCGGGCUCCUUCAAGCUCAACAAGAAGGCGGCCUCCGGCGACGCCAAGCCCAAGGCCAAGAAGGCGGGCGCGGCCAAGCCCAGGAAGCCCGCGGGCGCCGCCAAGAAGGCCAAGAAGGCUGCGGGGGCCGCCACCCCCAAGAAGAGCGCCAAGAAGACCCCGAAGAAGAAGCCGGCGGCGGCGGCAGGAGCCAAGAAAGCGGCCAAGAGUCCGAAAAAGCCGAAAGCAGCCAAGCCCAAGAAGGCGGCUAAGAGUCCAGCUAAGGCCAAAGCCCCUAAGCCCAAGGCGGCCAAGCCUAAAGCUGCCAAACCGAAAGUUACGAAGGCGAAGAAGGCUGCGCCUAGGAGGAAGUAAAGUUACAGCGGGAGGUCCAGCUUUGAAAAUCUCAAAGGCUCUUUUCAGA